GAUCUACUCGUCCCAGCCCUUCCAAGAAUCCGGUUACUUUUCCUUACUUGGCUGCCAUCUGAUUCCAAACCUUAAGUUUGAAUGGAGCUCUAAGGAUCCAGAUGUGCUGCAGCUGCUUAGAAACACCAGCCUUGGGGGUGAAUAAUACUGCAAUAAUGAUUGGGCUACAGAUGAGGAAAGUGGACAAUACCAUCUAUAAAGAACCAGGAAUACAGAGCCACAGCUGAUCCUUUUUAUUGCAGAGAAAAUAAAUCUACUUGCACAGAACUCCUUCAAUAUAAUAAUGACAAAUAUUAUCAUCUGUUACUAGCAAGAGCCAGAGACAUCGUCAUAUCAUUUGUACAGAGGUUAUUUGGUUCCCUGAACUCUGACAAUUCAGUUCUAGUCUGGUGUAGGUUAUUGCACUACCUUUAUAGCCCCAUACGUUUGUCACCUGCCCUAUAGAUUCCUAUAGAUAGAUCUGAUUGGUUAUCCAUAGUAUACGGCUUCCUAUAUAACCUGUUCUGACCUAUACUGACCCAAUACCAGCUGGGACACUUUGCCUACUGUAUUCCUUAGACUGGUUCUGUAUCGGCAGCUGGUUUAUCCUACCUACCAUAUUCCAUUCUAGAAGCCAUAUAUUGGAUCUACACAACUUGCUGUGGAAUUUUCAGUACGUUCCCAUACAGACCCCACUUCACAUCCAGUCCCCAUCCCUCUGGCAGUGUCUGACUGGGUCUGCCCCUCAGUGCCCCGCCCCGGGCAGGCCUAGGCAGAGGGACCCUCAGGAUGGCUCAAUGCUGCCAGGCUGCCACCCUGUGUCUUCUGCUCUUGCUGCCAUACUGUGCCUCUGGCCGGAGCUUGAGGAAGCGAGCACUGCACCUCCCUCUCAGUGACAAGUAUGAUGACUAUGAAUACCCGCUUCACCCUCACAACACAAACUAUCAGAAGAAUGACCGUGCCCUCCCCCCACCCCAGGGACUGCGACGAGCCUGUGAGGUGCCUAGCUGCCGAUCUGACUCUGAAUGUGAACGACACAAGCGCUGCUGCUACAACGGGUGUAUUUAUGCCUGCUUAGAAUCAGUCCAGCCUCCCCCAGUGCUGGACUGGUUGGUGCAACCAAAGCCUCGCUGGCUGGGGGGAAAUGGUUGGCUUCUUGAUGGACCAGAGGAAGUGUUACAAGCUGAGGCUUGUAGCACCACUGAAGAUGGGGAUGAGCCUCUACACUGUCCCACAGGGUACGAAUGCCAUAUAAUCAAUCCAGGGAGCCCAGCAGAGGGAAUCCCAAACCGAGGACAGUGCAUCAAGCAAAGAGGUAACUCAGAUGGAAGAAAUAUAAGACACAAAUAUUACAAAGAACAUCUAGGCAGUAAUUACAACAAUAUUGUGGUUGGAUUUGAUAAACAGCCCCAAAAGCACUUAGGAUAAAGAUACUUAUACAUAUGAAGCAUUUUAGAUAUCUAAUAUAGAAGCCCAAAAGAAGAAAAAAAUCUCUCCAUAAUUCAGAGAAGACAUUUUUCCAUCAAAGACAUUUUCAACAUUGUUGAUCACUUUUCAUAAAGCGACAACCUCUCCAUCAAAUAGACAUCUUAGCAGCAGUAAAAAGACAUCAACGAAUUUAAUGUGUGAGAGCUCUUGUUUUCUCCUGAAGAAACAUAUCUACAAUACAGAGAAAAUUCUGCUCCAGAAAUCUCUUACAUUUCUAGAUGUUCUCUGAGACUUGUUGCUAAUGGAGAGCGGAAAUAAAUACUGUAGUAUUAAAGACUGUUAGUGAAGUAAUACAAGUCCUUUUUUUAGAUUUAUGUCAUGGUUUGGUUCAAGAGACUUACUAAAUGUAGGAAAGAUAUCUUCUAGACUUGGGUGAUUGAAAUUUGAACACUUAAAAGGCAGUGGCUGACAUCUUGAAACAAAGGUCCACCAGCCUUUGUGGAAAUGCUUGCAUGUAUGCAAGAUACCAACAUUUUAAUAUAGCCCAUGUUCUAAAAGCAGUAUCAGAAAUUGUAAAAAGAAAGAAAAGUUAGAAGGUAAUUUUAGUUAUUCUAUAGAAUAUCUGUUCAGUUUCAGCCACUCUGUCCUAAAUAUAUAUAAAGAUAAGCUUGGUAAAGUACACAUAGGUCUACAGUGGUUUAGAAAGAGCCAAGUCUGGGAAAUGCCUAAUUUGUAGACUGGAGUUGGACAUUCAUGUCCUAAAUGGGUGAACAAAACACUAAUAUUUCCAAUGCCAAAGUCUAAAAAAGGUGAUAAUGUCAUUUUUUUAAAUUGAUUGGUGUAAACAUGUAAUGUAAACCAAAAAGUGCAUCAUAAUAAAUACUUACCAAACCAUA